AUGGAAGCUGCUUCAGCCACUGGAAUGUUUGGGAGGAAUAUCAGUGAACGUAAUCGAAAAUAUACUACAUUUGUUGGUGAUGGUGACAGUAGUUCAUACGGACGAGUGAAGGAUGCUAUGUUCCAAAAGUAUGGAGAUGAAUAUAUUGUGACUAAGGAAGAAUGUGUUGGCCAUGUCCAAAAAAGACUUGGUACAGCACUUAGAAAGUACAAGGCAGAUAAGAAGGGUAAAAAGCUAUCAGAUGGUAAAGGUGUUGGUGGUCGGGGAAGAUUGACAGACAAAAUCAUGGACAAAAUGCAAAACUAUUAUGGAAAAGCUAUUCGGGGAAACAAGGGUGAUCUUCUGGGAAUGAAGAGGAGCAUAAAAGCAAUUCAGUGCCACAUGAUUGAGAAUACAAAAGUACCUAUGCAAGAACAACAUGUCCUAAAGAUGAUAACACUUGGUGCAAAUUUUGGAAAGAAAAGUUAGAUGACACAGUAACAUAUGACCAAAGCAAUCGUUUGCCUGAGGUGUUUAUGGAAGAGUUAGCUCCAAUUUUUACAAGCUUUCUCAGGACAAUCUGCUCUCUAGGUGUUUGAAAGGGAUAACACAAAAUCAGAAUGAGGCUAUCAAUGGAAUGCUCUGGUCUAAAUGUCCCAAGACUAAAUUUUGUGGAGCUCGAAAAGUAACAAUAGCUGUCUGUGAGACCAUUGCCCUUUUCAAUACAGGUGCUGCCAGUAAAGCCAUGGUUAUGGAUAUAUUUGGCAUAACACCAGGCAGUAAAACAAUAAAAGCACUAAGGUUGCAAGAUCAGUCCAGAAUAAAAGCUGCUUCAAAAAAAGUUAGCGACAAGUACCAAAAGCAACGGCAGAAACUUCGUGCACAAAAAAGUCGAAAGGUGACAAGACAGGUUACCAGGCUGGCGGAUUUAGCCUGA